AUUUUUAUGUGAUAAAAAGCCAAACAGUUAUUUGUCUUUUGCACCAAAUAGUUUAUUCGAUUUGUCAAGUACGUUUUUUGUUUUUGUUUUUUGGCAAGUACGUUUUGAGCACCGACAGGCUGUACGCCAUCAAUACUACAAGCCCCUCUUUCUUUAAGCCUUGAUAUCUAAUUUCAGCUUCUGGUGAAAUUUCUCUAACAAAGAAAGCUAGUGACCUCCUUUUUGUUAAAUUUGGUUGGUGUCUUUUACACCCGAAUCUUUGGAGACCUUACUUUGGUAUUGGACACAGUCGACUGCCUGCCUCUUUGAAAGGGUGGAGAUUGGUACCUACUUCAGAGCGCUAUUUUGAUUCGGAAAGAACUUUGCAAACUUCACUAUGGAAAUACUAGUAACUUCUCAGAACCCCUACUGGCAUCUACAGAACUCCAACUGAGAAAUCUAUACUAGAUUCUGAGUUCCUGAAGAGUGGACACUAUGUCUUCUUUGUUUUGGUAUCCUCAGCAUUUAGCACGUUGCCUAUUAAAAACAACAACAACAACAACAAACAAAAACUGAUGCCUGGUCUUAUCUCCCAUCUUCUGUCAUAAUAAAGUCUGAAGAUAUCUGGAUCAUUUGGACUUCCUGUAAAACAUCACAUUGUUCCACUACAUUGAUGGCAUUACCUUGGUCAGAUCAGGAUACAGAUGAAAAUCAAGAACAAUGGACAAAGAAACCACAGCUUCUUUCAACAUCAUACAUACCUCAAAAGGAUCUGCUAGACAACAAGUGCCUAAUUGAAAAAUAUACACAUCUCUCCUGCAAAAAAGUCUUCUGUCAACCAUGGCAGAAAUGCAUCGAUGGGACCUGUAUCUGUAAACUCCCUUAUCAGUGCCCAAAGAAUGGUACCUCAGUGUGUUCAACUAAUGGGAAAAGCUACCUAACUUACUGUCAGCAGAAGAGUUUUGAAUGUCUUCAGCCAAGGGCAAAGUUUUUAAAUAGUGGAACAUGCAUAGCUGAAGGACAAUUUAGUGUUUCCUUAAAGUAUGGAACUACCACUUCUGAGGGAAUUGUUGAAGUAAAACUUGUAGACCAAGAUAAGAAAAUGUUCAUAUGUAAAAAAGCCUGGAGCAUAGUGGAGGCUAAUGUGGCCUGUCUUGAACUUGGAUUUCAACAAGGUGCUUUGGAGGCUCAAAAAAGUUUUGAAGUUCCUGAAGAUCUCCAUAUGAAUUCUACCGAAUGUCUGCAUGUGCAUUGUCGAGGAUUAGAAACUAGUUUGGCUGAAUGCACUUUUAUUAAGAGAAGAACUAAAAAUUACCAGGAUUUAGCUGGUGUGGUAUGUUACACACAGAAUACAGUUUCUUCAGCAAAUGACUCCUUUCGUUGUGUGAAUGGGAAAUAUAUUCCUCAAAAGAAAACCUGUAAUGGUGUCAAUGACUGUGGAGACCAAAGUGAUGAGCUGUGCUGUAAAGGAUGCCGAGGCAAAAGUUUCCUUUGUAAAUCCGGUGUUUGUAUUCCAAAUAAGUAUAAGUGCAAUGGUGAGCUGGACUGCAUUACAGGAGAAGAUGAAAUUGGUUGUAAAGGUGAACGGCAUAUUGAUCUGACACAUGUAUCGGGACAUGAUGACCACAGACCUGGACAUUCUGAAAUUAAAGAAGAAACAGAACUUUUGACUGCUAAUAUGGAUGCAGAAAGAAAACGGAUAAAGUCACUUCUCCCAAAACUAUCCUGUGGAGUUAAACCCAUCCAGCCCACUCGAAGGAAACGAGUUGUCGGAGGAAAGCCAGCAGAAGUGGGAGACUUCCCGUGGCAGGUGGCAAUUAAGGAUAAUGAGAAAAUCAACUGUGGAGGAAUUUAUAUUGGAGGCUGUUGGAUUCUAACUGCUGCACACUGUGUCAGUGUCAGUAAAGUUCACCAUUACCAAAUAUGGACAUCAUUUCUACAUCUGUUAAGACCUGAGGAAGAGCUAGUUGUUCAGCUAGCAAAUAAAAUUAUUAUCCAUGAAAACUACAAUGGAAGCAGCUAUGAAAAUGACAUAGCUUUGAUUGAAAUGAAAAAACACUCAAACAGAAAAGAAUGUGUGCUGCCUAAUUCUGUCCCUGCCUGUGUCCCCUGGUCUCCAUAUCUAUUCCAACCUAAUGACAGAUGCAUUAUUUCUGGCUGGGGCCGAGAAAAAGAUAACCAAAAAGUCUAUUUACUUCAGUGGGGUGAAGUUAAGCUAAUAGACAACUGCUCCAAGUUUUACCCGGGUCGCUACUUUGAAAAAAAAAUGGAAUGUGCAGGUACAGAUGACGGUUCCAUCGAUGCCUGUAAAGGGGACUCUGGAGGCCCCUUAGUCUGUCAAGAUAUCAACAAUGUGACUUAUGUUUGGGGUGUUGUGAGUUGGGGUGAAAACUGCGGAAAACCAGAGUUCCCUGGUGUUUACACUAAAGUGGCCAAUUAUUUUGACUGGAUUAGCUAUCAUGUAGGAAGGUCUCUUAUUUCUCAGUACAACAUAUGAAAUUGUGAUCUCUUCUGCUCUUUUCCUCUUAGGAGUUGGAUUUUGAUUGAAAUGAUACUACAUGAUUAGUACUUCUCUAGGGAAAAAAAUAAUAAAGCACAUUUUAUUGGAUAUUUUUAAAGAUCUCUAAAAAAGCCAUAUUAGAACUUUGCUGUAAAUUAUCAAAUAAAUAUUUUAGUCGAGCAUA